AUGAGUCAACGGCAGCGCGGGUCAGCGUCUGUGGUGACGCGGGAGGUGCGUGUGGCACCGCGGGCCGAUGCGGGGACGCUGGAGGGUCCGGCGCAACGGUUUCCGUUUACGGGUUGGGUUGAUUGCCCAAUGAUUCUUGUGGAUGAGCUGCCGGCGGAGCGGGGCGAGUUUGAAAUUGUGGUGCGCGUCGAGCCCGAGCUGGCCGGCUUGCUGCAAUUGGUCGCCUUGGACAUUGCAGGUGUUGAGGAGGCGGAGGAUCAGCUGCGCAGCAGCGUCAGGCCCCUUCAAGCGCCUGGCGCCGCCAAGGACGAUCCCUCCUAUGCCUGCCUCGUCUCAGAGGGCCAUGCCUAUUACGGCCAUCUGGUGUUGUUGCGAUCUUUCGUCAUCACCCCAGGUUUUCGGCACGGCGGUUUCCUUCGCGUGGAAACCGUCGGCCCCGCACGUAUUCGCAACUUCAUGCAACACUAUCCAGCGGACGGCUUCCGCAGCCCGAACGUUAUCCACGGCUGCCAAGUUCUCAGCCUGCAAGAACCUACGCUCCCUUGGGCCACGGCCGUUCCCCCGCGCUGUCGGGUACAGAACGCUGUGCAUGCGCGCUGGCUCAACCGCACGCCCCAUCAAGCCAAAAAGACGGUCCGCAACCUGGCCGAUUACUUUUGGCGUCAAAGCCAAGCCCCUGCUACCCCCAUUCAAUCAUUGUUCCACGACCUCUACACCACCACGCUCGAACUGGCUGCCCACGCUGGGUUGGGAGACACCCCAAACCCCAGCCGCCUCUCUACCCUCCGUUACAUCCAGUACGAACUCAAUGAGGAUGACAUCGAGAUGCCCGGCUUUGCAUGUGACAUGUGCAAUGGUCCCGUGGCCCAGCCAAGCGACAUUAUCAUCCCGCAGGGCUCAUCUGGCUUUAUGACCCGUGUCAACCCCAUGGGCGUGCAACAGACCUUUAUGCUGCUCCGCUUCGCAGACUCACUGAUCGUCGACGGCAUGGCCACCACCGCCAAUUCCUACUUUCCCGGCUAUGCCUGGCGCACGGCGCGCUGCGGUACAUGCUCAAGCCCCGUCGGUUGGCAUUUUGUUGCUGUUCCUGAAGGCGUGAAUGCCGCCAUGGCAAGUCACCGCCACUUCGACGACUACUACCACGAUGAUGAAUACGACGACGAUGAUGACGAUGAAUACGACGAAGAUGGCGAUGACGAUGACGAAGAUGACCGAGGCAGCAGUCGAAAUCCGGCCCAGCGAAUGCACUUUGGGUUUGAGCCAAGAGGCGAGUUUGCCGCCCAUGGGCUGCCUAAUGCUGAUCAAGAUUUCGACUCCUCAUCGUCCGGCAGCAUGAUUGAAGACGAUCCACACUUUCCCAUGCACGUGGCAGGCGACGACCCUGACUCUAUCGUUGAUAUUCGUGCAUUCAACAUCCGCCACCUUGAUCCUUAUGAGCAAAACGACCCUCAGCCCACCAUCAACUUGACCGAUCGACGCUUUCGACUCGACAAACCAGCAUGCCGUCCCGCCAUGGCCGUGCUUAACCCCAGAGCAGAGGUGGCCACUCUCCCUCGAGCUUUUUUUGCCAUCAUGACCCGUCUUCGUUUCUUUCAUCAUGGCUAA